GAGCGUACGAAUUGGAAAGAUUUUGAUCCAGCGUGAUGAAGAAACUGCCCAACCUAAGCUUUAUUAUGCAAAAUUACCUCCAGGUAUAGAGAAUAGAUACGUCUUGUUGUUAGAUCCAAUGCUUGCGACUGGUGGAUCAGCAAUUAAAGCUAUAGAAGUAUUGUUGUCUUAUGGUGUUAAAGAAGACAAAAUAUUGUUUUUGAAUUUAAUUGCAGCACCUGAGGGCAUUCAAGCCGUCACUUCAAGGUUUUCACAACUCAAGAUUAUAACUGCAUUCAUUGAUGAAGGAUUAAAUGAGAAAAAGUUUAUUAUACCUGGAUUAGGUGAUUUUGAACAUGGUGCAAAACUGCGGUCCCAAUACUUUGGAGAUCGCCGAACCCCUCAGAAAAAACAAGCAGAAAAGAUUUAUUUCAUUCAUCUUAAUGAAAAUGCUCAAACGCUGUCCAUAAAUCAAAAUUCUCUAAAUUUACAAAGAUUUAAGAAGCUUCAAAUAGCUUCAUGGAAAGAUGAAACUUUCUUUAUGGAAAAGAUUGCAACAUUUACUACUACUUUGCAAUACAUUAUUGCAGAGUGUGUAAAUUAUAAAGCAAAGGCUUUGGCAUUAGCGAGCCUUAUUCAAAAACAAAAGUCAUUACAACAUCUUAAACUUCUCCAUGCGUUCGGUGAUGAUAAUUGUUCUAUUAUUUUUAAAUCUUUAUCGAAUCAAUCAAAUUCUUUAGAGAAACUAGAAUUAUAUCGUGUUAAUUUAGACACGAUUAAUUCAUGGGUAUCAUGUUUUAAUUUAAAAACAUUAGAAAUUCGAAGUUGUAUAGGAACUCUCGAUUUCACUUCAAAUCCUUGGAAACCAGAUUUUCCAAAUUUACGAAAACUUAUAAUCAUUAAUUACGAUCAUAAUCGUCAAUUUUUUAUUCCUUUCGUUGUUAAAAUAGUUGAAGCAGCAGCAAAAAAUCUUUUAUAUUUUAAAUGUUCAAUGUUAGAUGAUAUGUCAGAUAUUAUAACUUCUAUCUCUCUAAAUUGUCCAAAUAUUCAUCAUUUGGAUCUCCAAUCUUCUUCAAAUUCUCAAAUUAUUUUAAUCUUGAACUCUUGUCAUAAUUUGAGAACGUUAAAAUUUUAUUAUAAUGAUAUUAUCAACGAAUUCGCUUUUGCUGAAAUGAUUAAGUAUAUAAAACCACCAUUGAAAAAUUUUUUAGCAAUAGGAUCUCGUGACCAUCAGUCCCUCUACUGUUGA